UCCCGCUACAGUGUGAAUACUCAGAAGUGUGUGCGAGCUCUAUCCUCUGCAGUGCAGAGCUGGAAAAACACAGCAGUCAUCCACUUCAGCGCUGCUUUGCUGGCUUAGGCAGGACAUAUUUUGGAGUAUCCGGGAUCGGGACGGGAGCCCUCCACCGGUACUCGUUUGUGUCCUUUUUUGAUGGUUUUGACAAAAAGGACGCGUACUACAGGCGCACCACGGCUUCGCUCGCUGCUGUCCCGUGAGUAGCCUUGAAAGACUGCAACUCUGCAUGAGGCAAAUGUCUUUUGCAGUACAUUAGUCGAGAAACUUUGUUCGCCUGCUUGUUUUAAUACGCCGAGUGACACAGCGCUCGAGCGCGUCGCGUUUGGAGACUCGUCCCCAGCAUUGCAUGCGCAAAGAGACGGAAGAACGGCAAAAGUCGGUUUUUGCGACGCUGGUGAACACUUUGCUGAAGAGCAGGGAUACGAUGAGCGCGGAUCUCGCGAUGGGGCCCGAGUUGCCCACCAGCCCGCUGGCGUUGGAAUAUGUCAAUGACUUUGAUUUAAUGAAAUUUGAAGUGAAAAAAGAGGCCAUGGCGGGGCACGAGCGUGCAACCAUACGUCAGUGCAAUCGUCUCCAGGCACAGGGCUCCGUGUCGUCCACCCCGAUCAGCACGCCUUGCAGCUCUGUCCCGUCUUCCCCGAGCUUCAGCCCCACAGAGCAGAAGAACCACCUCGAGGAGCUCUACUGGAUGCCCAGCGGCGCCUACCCGCAGCAGAUCGAUCCUCAGACGUUAAGCCUGACGCCCGAGGACGCCGUGGAGGCACUGAUCGGUGUCACGGGCCACGGGCACCCUCCGCCAGCUCACGUGCAUCAGCAGCAGCUGCAGGCAGGAGGGUUCGAGGGUUACAGGGGCGCGCAUCACCACCACGGCCAUGCGCAGCAACACCAGCAGCAGCACCACCACCAUCAAUACGGCGGGAUGCCUCAUCACCCCGACGAGCUGCCGGGCCACCCGGGUGCGCACGGCCACCACCACCAUCACCACCACAACAACAGUCAGGACCCCGAUAGCCCUUCUCCCACCUCGCCGGGCUCUCACCAGCAACUCCACCACCGGCAUCAUCAUCACCACGCCCACCCGGGUCAGCACGGUCACCACGGCGUGAACGUGGAGGACCGCUUCUCCGAAGACCAGCUGGUGUCCAUGUCCGUCCGCGAGCUCAACCGACACCUGCGGGGCUUCACCAAGGACGAGGUGAUCCGUCUGAAGCAGAAGCGCCGGACCCUGAAGAACAGGGGCUACGCGCAGUCCUGCCGCUUCAAGCGCGUGCAGCAGAAGCACGUGCUGGAGAAUGAAAAGACCCAUCUCAUCAACCAGGUAGAGCAGCUCAAGCAGGAGAUCGACCGGCUGGCCCGAGAGAGAGACGCCUACAAACUCAAGUGCGAGAAGUUGAGCGGAGCGAACGGCUUCCGCGAGGCGGGAUCCACGAGCGACAACCCGUCCUCUCCAGAGUUCUUCAUGUGAGUGUCACUAUGCCCGAGAGACAUCACCAUCACCUGCGUGCGUGCGUGCGUGCGAAAACCUACACUCGCAGAAUAAGCCACAAGACAAGAAUUAAUACCGAUCAUCUCGCACAUGUAACCAUCGCCCCCACAUUGGCAGGUAAAAGACGGUUUUAGACUGAUUCCAGGGAAAAUUCUAGAUUAGAUGCUUGUAGACCCCUUUCUUAGAGAAAAUCAAAGAACUGGCCUUUUGUAUUGAGGAGAAGUCGCGAAAGCGGAGAGAGAGAAACUUUGGACUUUUUUCCACUUGGCUAAAAAAACGAAAACAACAGAUUUGAGGGCAGCAGAAUAUGCAAAACAUGACACUUCUCCUGUAAUAUCCCACCCGAGUGUGGCGACAGGGGCAACUUUAUGCAACAUCUCAUUUGUUUAUUGCCUGCUUGGUUAUCUAUAGAUAUAUAAAUGAAUAUAUAUAUAUAUAUAUAUAUAUAUUAAAAGAAAAGGGAAAAUCAAUAAAAACAAACACAUAAAUCUGCAUCAAGAUAUUAAUCCUGCAUGCUGGACAUGUAUGGUAAUAAUAAUUUCUAUUUUAUACACUCUCUGUCUUUUUUUCUGUUCAUUGUGUAUCGCAGAGAGCAUGUUUUUGAUCUCUAGCUCUUUUGGGGGGCGGGGGGGUUAUGCUCACGAGCUCGGCUCUCCGCUCGCUCGUUUUAUGUGGGUUUAUUCGGACUUGUAAAUAUAUGCAACAGCAAACCUAGAAACUGACAUCGAAAGAGUUGUGUUUUUGUUUCUUCAGAUUUUGCUUCAUGCUUUGGAAUGAAUUACCAGCAUUGGGCUUUUUUUCUUUCGAUUGCAUUUAAGCAAGUCAACAAACUUUGUAAAGGAAACGCACUUUUUGGAGGGGUGGUAAUAUUGGCGUUUUUGAAUCUCUGCUUGUUUAUUGAAAUCGUAUACUGGAAGGAAGACGUUUACUGCACAGAGACGUGAAAUAACAGGCACACGCGUUUGAACUGGUGCUCAUAUGUCUGGUUGUAAUAAGGAAUUCUGUUUUUUCACGCAGGCUGUUGCAUAACCUAUUGCUAUUCUAUACUAUAAGCAAUACUUCUAGAUCGUAACUUUUUACUUUUGAUGGACACACUUUCAUCAACCUUUUUUAAGUAGCUACACGAGCUGCCAGUUUUAUAAAGCAACAUCUCAAAGUGUAUUUAUAAUACUCCGGCUCGAUGGUGUAGGCUUCCGAAAUCAGGGGUUUGUGUAUUAUUGCCUCAUGUGAAAACUACGCAUGCAUUUCAAUGUAAAAUGUUUUCCUUUGUUUUUUUUAUCUGCCGGUCAGUAAAAAAUAAGGGAUUCAGGUUCUGCAUAAUCUCGAAAUGAAAAUUAUACGUGUCAUGUUAUUGUUCUUUUUUAUUAUUAUUUGUUUGUUCGUUCUGUUAUUUUAUCAAGAUUCUGGUUCUGCUGGCCAGAUGCAUAGUUUUUAUUUUAAUGAUUAAAUUAACAAAAUGUCAAAUCAUAUUGGAUAAGCAUGGUGCUUGCAUCUGAGAAAUAUUUGUUAAAAAGUCAUGCAUUUAACAGUCUCUUUGGUUUGUUACUGAUUCAACUGUGUUGAAAUCAAACGUAUUACUGCAGCAGCGGGUUGUUGUCGUUUUUCUUUGUUAAUUUCAUGUAUUAUAAUGAGGGGAUCAAUUUUCAAAUCUGUUUAUAUAAAUAGAAAAUGAAUAGAGUUCCAUUCAGGCUGGUUUCUGUUUCGUUCUUGCUGUUUUUUGGAGAAAUGGUUUCCUAUUUUGCUUAUUAAAGUCAGUGAAAUGGCA